AUGAGCUCGACUGGAACAUCGAUGUCCAUACCCACGAUAGUAGUAACACUCGUAGACGGCAAGUCCGUCGGGAGUGACUACGGAAUUGAACCCGAGAUGCGUAAUCCGAACUUGCUCGGAUACGAUCUAUUAGACGAAUUCACGGAGGAAGAAAAAGAAGAGUUACGCAUGGAGGAAGAAGCGCGCGUAAUGAGAGAGCCGCACAUAGAAGAAGAGGAACGGAUAGAGGAAGAAGCGCGCAAAGUGGAAGCAGCACGCAAAGUGGAAGCAGCACGCAAAGUGGAAGCAGCACGCAAAGUGGAAGAAGCUAGUGCUACGGAGGAAGCAAGAAUCGUGCGAACGACGAGAAACCACGUCCACUCCGAUAGCUGGAUACCGAAACUGAGCCUUUCUGCCCAGGAACCUGGGCCUGAUCGUCCACGUCAGUCCUCUCGGCUUGUUCGCCCACCGUCGCUCCCGGUCAGGCGAACAGCUUCAGUCGCAAGGGGUUCCGAACACGCCAACAGUGCUUCGGCAGCCAUGUUGGACAUAAUCACUAAGCAGACUCGACUCGUUAAUGGAUCAUCAACCGUAGCCGGAUCGUAUAUUGCUUAUCUUCCCGGGCCUACGGCAAGCACAGCACAGCAAAACUUCGCUGGGAAGGCUGGUUACACGGAUGGUCGCGCAUCAGACAUGCCCAGCGGGUUCACACGCAUCCCUUUCCGGGACGAGUGGAACCCCCCGGCAGCGCUGGCUUUGGAAGAAAGCCGACGACCCGAGUAUCUUAGCGGAGACACUUUCGAGCUUCAGGACUUCAGCACAACCGGAAAACUCCGAGAGCACGCCAGCGGGGAGAGGGAAGACAGGCGCAAGCGCAAGCGGUGGGCGAAGCUCGAGAGGCUUCACCAGGAAGCCGAGAUGAAGUUCUCCCACAGCAUACAGUUCAAUGCUGUGCCCGAUUGGAGCAGCCACUACAUAGCCUACAGUAAUCUCAAGAAGCUUAUAUACCAGCUCGAGAAACAGAUACACCAGGUUGCCGGCCCUCCCACACAAGAUGCCGAAUCCUCCCCUCUCCUCAAUGGCGCCCCAGAUGACCCAGACAAGGUGUUCAUCAAUGCGUUGGACCAUGAGCUGGAUAAGAUUUGCUCCUUUUACCAGUUGAAGGAGCUGGAGAUAUUCGGCGAGGUCGCCUCUCUGCUCACCGAUGAAGAAGAAUAUGAAGAGGAGCAUGACGAAGUAGAUAUGGAUGGGGCCGACGGCCCACCAAGCAGUCGCAAGACAAUUGGUAGGGCACGACAGAGUAGCAUCUUCCAGAGCUUCACCUUCGGGCUCGGAAGGAACCGGAGAGCAAGCACAGCCAGUCAGACUCGGUCGCGGGGUUCACUCAGACGCCUCGAUGAACAGCGGGAGGCGGACAGCGAUGACGAGGCGACAGACGAGCUGUCUGCGCUGAGAAAGACCAAAUCUCAUGACGGGUCUGCACGGGAACGAGAACCUAGCAGCCCAAAUAUACGGAACACCGACCAACAGUCGAAUAAAGGCCGACGAAUGAGUGCUUCCUACGACGAUUUCAGCGACCAGAAUUUCUCUGCACUCUAUGAUACAGGCAUCACCCUCAAAAAGCGAGCCAUAAGUCACUAUGUCAAUCUUUGUGAGCUUCGCUCAUUCAUCCAGCUGAACAGGACUGGUUUCCAGAAAGUCCUGAAGAAGUACGACAAGAUCCUUGAUCGGAACUUGAAGAGCUCGUACAUGGAAAAGGUGGAAAAGCAAUAUCCAUUCCAGCAGUCAACAAUGGACCGCCUCACCGAGAACCUUCAGAAGUUGGAAAAGGCCUAUGCCAACAUCGUCACAAACGGCAAUGUGGAUCAGGCGAAGCGCGAACUCAGGCUUCACCUACGUGAGCAUGUUGUGUGGGAGCGUAACACAGUGUGGCGCGAGAUGAUAGGCAUUGAGAGGAAAGCGCAGGCUGCGAAUAUGGGCAUCAGGCAGACUAUGCUCGGUAAUGACACAGACUACCGCAAUGCACGGAGGCAAGGUGACGAUGCCCCACCAGCGACAAAGGAGAUCGUUACGCCGGUUGGCAGGUACCGCUGUCCCCAGUGGUUGCUCAGCUCGACGUUUUAUACACUGAUUGCCAUCAUCGCGACCUUUUUCGUGCUUGUCUUUGUUCCUAUCAUGGAGGCGCCCGAGCAGCAGAACUGCCUUGCUAUGGUAGUUUUCGUCAGCUUACUAUGGGCUACAGAGGCUAUACCGCUCUUCGUCACAUCCCUACUAGUCCCCUUCCUCGUCGUAAUCCUCCGCGUCGUGCGCUCAGACCAAAAGCCGCACAACCGCCUCGAGUCAAAACCCGCGGCAUCCUACGUCUUCGGCGCAAUGUGGACACCAGUAAUUAUGCUCCUCCUCGGGGGCUUCACCAUCGCGGCCGCCCUGUCCAAAUACAACAUCGCCAAGAUGAUGGCCACCUUCGUCCUCAGCAAAGCCGGCACCAAACCGCGCACCGUUCUCUUGACCAGCAUGUUCGUCGCCAUGUUCGCCAGCAUGUGGAUCAGCAAUGUCGCCGCGCCCGUUCUGUGCUUCUCCAUCAUCCAGCCCAUCCUGCGUAACCUGCCCGCCGACUCCGCAAUGACUAAGGCCCUCUUGCUUGGUAUCGCGCUGUCUUCAAACAUGGGCGGUGCGGCGUCGCCGAUCGCGUCCCCGCAGAACCUCAUCGCGCUGCAGAAUAUGUCGCCGCAGCCCGGGUGGGGUGUUUGGUUCUUCAUCGCGCUGCCCGUGUGCAUCAUCUCGAUCCUGCUGAUCUGGCUGCUGCUGCUCGCAACGUUCCAGCCUGGGAAGAACACGACUAUCGUGCCGAUCCGGCCCAUGAAGGAUAAAUUCUCCGGGAUCCAGUGGUUUAUUUCCGUGGUUACGGUUCUGACAAUCGUGCUGUGGUGCGUGACGCACCAGCUCGAGCCUGUGUUCGGCGAUAUGGGUGUCGUGGCUAUCAUCCCCAUUGUCCUGUUUUUCGGCACGGGAAUUCUUACGAAGGAAGACUUUAAUAACUUCCUCUGGACGAUUAUUAUCCUUGCUGCCGGGGGUCUGGCGCUCGGGAAGGCCGUCAAUAGCUCGGGGCUGCUGCAUACCAUCGCCGGUACGAUCACGACGAAGGUCGAGGGGCUGAGCUUGUACUCUGUGAUGAUUGUCUUCUCAGCGAUGAUCUUGGUCGUCGCGACGUUCAUCAGCCAUACCGUUGCUGCGCUCAUUGUGCUCCCGCUGGUGCAGCAGGUAGGUCAGGGCAUGAGCGAGCCGCAUCCGAAUCUGCUGGUCAUGGCGAGCGUGUUGAUGUGUUCGGCGGCGAUGGGGCUGCCGACGAGUGGGUUUCCGAAUAUGACUGCAAUCAUGAUGGAGGAGCCACACACCGGAGUGAGGUAUUUGCAGGUCAGGCACUUCAUCACGAGGGGCGUGCCGAGCUCGCUUAUUGCGUUCGUGGUGGUCAUCACGCUUGGGUAUGGGUUGAUGCUGGCCGCUGGCUUUUAA